AUGCUGAUCGCUGACCAAGGAUUUCGGUUGAAGGUGCCCAUCGGCACUGCCAACGCACUCCAACAGACCCCAUCAGCUCAUCUCAAAGGAGAGGUUCCCAUGGAGGAGGGGUGCAACAGCUCGAUCUCAGGCGAGGGGGUACGAAGAUAUCAAAACGCAGAGGAAGGUCGCAACUGGCUGCCGAUUCGGACAUUUUGAUUCUGGACAAG